UGUUGUCGCUGCGUGUUGGUGAGUGAGGGACGCGCGUUUGCUGCGAUGCCUGAGCCGGCCAAGUCCGCCCCCGCGCCCAAGAAGGGCUCCAAGAAGGCCGUCACUAAGACGCAGAAGAAGGGCGACAAGAAGCGUAAGAAGAGCCGCAAGGAGAGCUACUCGAUCUACGUGUACAAGGUGCUGAAGCAGGUGCACCCCGACACGGGCAUCUCGUCCAAGGCCAUGGGCAUCAUGAACUCCUUCGUCAACGACAUCUUCGAGCGCAUCGCGGGCGAGGCCUCGCGCCUGGCGCACUACAACAAGCGCUCCACCAUCACCUCGCGGGAGAUCCAGACGGCCGUGCGGCUGCUGCUGCCCGGCGAGCUGGCCAAGCACGCCGUCUCCGAGGGCACCAAGGCUGUCACCAAGUACACCAGCUCCAAGUAAUCUGCCUCUGCACCCUCUGCCAGACCUGCU